GUAAUGAUAGUUGGGUUAUUGUUACUUUUGGUUCAAUUUUUUACAGUUAGAUUUAGUUAAAUUUAUAUAUUAUUUGUUUGGGGUUAUAAAAUAAAUAAGACAUUAGUUUGUGAGUAACUGUACAAAUAUCAUCCCUCGUGAAAAUACUGUUAUCCUCUGCUAACGCCUCAUGUAUCAGUAUAUCGGGAUGAUACUUUUACUGUUACCCACAAACCCUUGUGUUAUUUAUAUAACUGACAAUAGAAUUCCUUUUACAUCCCACUCAUCUAUUAAUACACUGAUAUGAUAGGAACAUAUCAAAAUCAAACAGAUAGAAGGUUAAGGAUAAUUUAUAAAAUAUUCAUUUAUUGAUAUCUACCUCAACUUAUUUAAAAUUUCAUAAUAUAAAAAAUUGGCUAUCCUGUACUAUUCUGUUCUAGGACAUCAAGGAUAUAAGAGUAACAAGAAAAGUAUGUGACAAAAUAAACCUGGUGACUUUUAUUAAUAUAUUACAGAAUGUUUCAAGAAGCUGACUACAGAGAAAACCUAUCAUUGGCGUUAUCAGAGGUUUUAGAUGACAUUGGUGUCAAUGAAAGAAUGGUGAUGAGAAGGAGAAGACAAUUAAUGCUGGAGGAGACUAUGAUUAAUAUCACUUACAGGUUAACUGAUAAAAACAUGACUGAAUAUUGUCUAGGGAGUCAGAGUGAAGGUACAACUACUAGAGGACUUCAUUCAGACCUUGAUAUACUACUCUGUCAUCAUGAUUACAAUAUAAUACAAGACUGGUCAGAGUGGGAACAUGGCAAGUUAAACUAUCUCAUGAUACAGGAUGAGAACACUACCCCUGGUUAUUGUUUCUUACAACUGCUCCAACCUGAUAUACCUCUUCCUGUCACUGUCAUUCCUAAUGAACACCAUAUAAAUGAUAGAAGUGGAAGAAUAUUGUUAAAAAACACAUUAUAUAAUGGUGCCAUUCCGGGUGCUGUAGAUCAUGGACCAUCAAAUGCUGAACAAGGACAGGAUGGAUUCUGUGAUACAGACAUUGUGCCAGCUUUUCAUUGUAAAUCCUGGCCUCAAUCAGCAUCAGAUUGGUUAGAUAGACAAGGUAUUGGCAGAUGGCCAACACAAGACAUGAGAAGAUAUGCAGCCAGUACUGGGUGUUUUGUUGUUGCAACUGGAAGUAAGGUCAGUGAAUAUCCUGAACUGGAAUGGAGAAUAUCUACAUCCCUGGCAGAAAGGUGUUUGAUGUCAAAUCUAAAUAUAACACAAAUAAGGUGCUAUGUAUUGUUGAAAAUGAUUCUGAAAUCCUUCCUUAAUCCUCACGCAGAAAUUAAUAUAUCAAGCUUCAUGUGUAAAACAGUUCUAUUACACUGUAUAGAAAACACAGAGUCAAGUAUAUGGAAAGAGAACAAUUUAUUUACAUGUUUAACAUAUUGCUUACUGGAAUUACACACCUGUGUACAGAAUGACUGUUGUUCACAUUUUAUUAUUCAAGAAAACAAUUUGAUGGCAGGGCAAUUUACAGCUGAAAAAAAAAAUGAACUUUCAAAAAAAAUUUGUGAUGUUUUACAGAAUGACAGUCAAAUGUUACUUAGAAUUGAAAUUGAUGAUCUUGGCUAUAGACUGCAAGUUAAACUAAACAUAGUACCACAUGGAAUAUAUUAUUAUCACUAUUCUAUUGAUAUACAUGAACUUUAUAUGACCGAAGAAUAUUUAGGCAGAGCAUACAGCACUAGCUAUCAUCACCAUGACAUUUUACAUCAUUUACACAAUAAAAACAUAAGAACAAUGAAACAAUUUGUUGGUAAAUUAAUUUCUUUCAGAGUUAAUAGUAAUAGAUUAGAACAGAUUGCAUUGAAGUUUCUAGCACCUAUUCUUUUUACCACAUAUGGGUCUGCCCUGGCAUCAUCCAGGGUUGCCGAAAAUAAUCAAGUGUCACCUGAAGUGUUGGUCUGGCUAUCAGCUGGUUUAAACUCAGAUAUCUCUUCUAGCAGACUUAAAUUGGCUUCAGUGUUCUACAGUACAGGAGAUAUGGAGCAAGCUGAACUCAUUCUGAGACACAUUGAACAACAAUAUUACUCUUAUCCUGUUGUACCUGUCUGUACAUGCGUGAAGAAGCCUCCAGCAGUAACAGCAGAACUCAUGAGGAUAUGUGGUGAGCAAAGUGAGGACUGUAUUAAACAUAUUACAGCAUUUUGUGUCAAAUUUAUACAGGAAGAGAUCAACUGUAUUCCUUAUGAACUCCAAUAUGAGAUGUUCAGAUCUACACAAGAUGACAUGAUACAUAGACAUUGGUUUAAAGACUGUUGGAUGGACUGGGCUGUAGUUGAUUCUCUACCUUUCCUGUACUUCCUACAAUACAAGAUCUAUCGUCAUCUACAAAGACAUCAAGAUAAACAACAAGCACUUAAUAAACUUAUAAGAACCAUAGUAACUGACGAAAACCUUAAACAUAGAGAAACAGCUCUCAACAUUUUAGGACAAUGUAUGGAACAAGAAAACAGACCUCAACAAGCAUUAAAUUGCUACUUGCUUUCUCUUCAGCAAAGGGCAAGAAACAAUGCAGCAAACUUCCAUGUAUGCAAACUCCUUUCUAGGAUAUUCGCUGGCCAAUAAAACAUGUGGUCAAAAGCAGACAGUAUUAAGACUUGAAUUUCUACUGAUCAAAAUCAUAAUUCUUGUGUGCAAUAAACAUGAUUCAAAUGUCAAUAUAUGUGCUUUGAUAUUUUUGUUAUAUUUCAUAUAACAA